CUCCGGUUCUGGAUGAGGCCAGUUCGCCUGGACCCGCCUGCCUGCAGAACCCUGCUGCCUUCGGGAUUGGCUGAACGCAAAACGCAUUCUGACGGUCGAUGGAACCUUGAAAGUCGUUCUCAGGACUUCACGCCGUCGGAGCUGUAUGUGGCUGCUCUUCACAUUUUGCAUUUUUAUGAGAAAUGAACUGAGGUGCAUCUUCUAUUGUUUCCUGAACAUCUUGCUGAUCCUUCUAUGGACACAGACUGAGGUGCCGGCACCAGUCAAGACAGUGUAACGCGGUGAGAAGAAGAUGCCAGUUCCACCUCCUCCACCUCCCCCGGGAGCUCCCCCUCCUCCGUCUUUUAAUGAUAGGCCGAGCCCCCCGAGUGGUAAAGGAAGGGGGGCGCUGUUGUCGGACAUCUGCAAAGGCACCAAGCUGAAGAAGACUGUCACGAAUGAUCGCAGCGCUCCAGCUUUAGAUAAUAAACCAAAGGGAGGUGGUGGAAUAGGCGGCGGUGGAGGGGGAGGAGGUGCAGGCGGAGGUGGCUUCGGAGGUGGAUCUCCAGCUGGUCUAGGUGGACUGUUUGCAGGUGGGAUGCCGAAACUUCGAUCUGCAGGAAACAGAGACACCACAGACGCAGCUCCAAGUCGAGGACCGAUACUCCCCCCGGGAGGUCGUUCGUCCGGCCCCACUCCUUUUGGUGGUAGUGGGAGCCCCAGUGGUCCAGCUAGAUUUCCCGGCUCGUCUGCCAGCUCCCGUGCCAGUGUUCCUGACCUUCCAAAGGGUCGUCCCAGUUUCUCACGACCGGACACUCCGGGAGGGCCCCCUCCGAUCCCUAACACUCCGCGACCCAACCAGUCUCGUGGGGGUCCACCACCACCACCUUCAAUGCCAGCAUCACCGAGACCGAGUUAUUCCUCUUCACCCUCUCCUCCUAGUCUUCCACCUGGAAGACAUGGGCCACUUCCUCCACCACCAGGGGGCUCACCAGGGGCACGGUCCAGCUUUUCCAGCCCUCCUCCACCUCCACCACCCUCAAACAGCAACCGGCCUCCUUUACCGCCAGCCCCUGUCGGGAGGCCCCCACUCCCCGAUGACCGGCCUCCGCCACCACCUAUUGGAGCUCCGCGUCAAGCUCUGUCUCGAGACAUGCCGCCCCCUCCGCCCUCUUUCAACUCCAAGCCCUCCUCAGUCUCAUCAUCUCCUCGCGCAUCAUUUGGUGGGGGUGCACCUCCCCUCCCACCUAGCCGACCCGGACCCCCUCCUCUUCCUCCUUCUCCAGUGGUUGGAGAUGACCACAACACCCCUCGGCUGCCGCAGAGGAACAGCUCACUCAACAGCCACGCUGCGUCUCCACCACAUGGCCGAAGCGGACCCUUGCCACCUCCGCCCAACGAGAGACCCCCAGCUCUUGGAAAGAACCAGCCCUCAGUUCGCACAGGGCCUCUCCCUCCCCCUCCAUCCACGGGUCGGAGCUUUGGCGGCAGCAUGAGAACAUCACCUGCUCCUUCACCUGUCGGACGACCAGGACCUGAGCCCCCCCGAAGUGGACCAGGCAGACCCCCCCUCCCUCCAGACAGGCCUGGGAUCGGAGGGCCCCCUCUUCCUCCUCCUCCUAUGGGUAAUGGCUUCCAAACCUCCCACCACCAGACACAAGCAGAUGAGUGGGAGUGUCGGUUCAGUUUCCACCCCGUUUCAGACCUCCCUCCACCCGAGCCCUACGUGCCCUUCCAGAAGACCUACCCAAGCAAGAUGACCAAGAGUGAUGGCAAAGGGCCAGGCAGGAAAGAGCGCGGAGCCCCACCUCUUCCUCCUAUACCCAGGUGAAGGAGUGAUGCAAGCAUGAAGAACUCCGGGGACACUCUCUUUGUUUUUGCUUUGACCUUCAACAGUUAUUGGAGAUUCAGUUAACCACUGUGACACCACAAAAGAGAAACGGAUGCAAGUUAACCACAGUGCAGAGUUAUGUUUGAGUGUUCAGUUUUGGAAAGUUCAUGAGAGGUCUACUCACAGCCCUUCUUUCUGUUCAUUACUAACCCUUUGCUUCAGUUAUAAUGUGGGAUUGUAGGGGUAACUAUGCAACCACAGGCUUUCCUCAGGGUUGUUCUGAAGCUGUGUCUCUGUAAAGUUCUCCUUAGUGCCUUUCUAUUGUCAUGCUUAAACCACGAAGGAGUCAGCAGGGAUGCCUCUUGUGCCUUAAAUUAUGUCUGGUAUCGAACUUUUCAUGAUGUAAACAAAGGAGAAGCAAUAUAGCACCUUUCAGACCAGUAGCGGCGUCACCAACUCCUUCCACACACACACAUCAAACUCAAUAUGGCACCAUCACUGCUGCUGUGUUUAAUUUGCCAAAGCCACACGUGCCAUGUUUGUCUGUUUCUUUUGGAACCACUCAACGGUACUUUUUCAUUUGACUGUCAGGUGCUGUUGAAUAUUAUUUUUGCAGCAUUGGUUUACAUUUUUAAUGGGUUUCUAAGUUGUUUGUUAAACGGUGCCGCAAGUCACAAUGAAGGAUGAGUGUAUAUGUGAUCUGGUUUAAAAAAAAGGUUUGUUUUAAGUUAAGUUUCAGAAAUGUGCAGUAUUAUGUUGUUUCUGCUUCACCCAGCUGUGCUUCAGUGUUUUAUAUACGUGAUGUAUAAACAUGUGCUGGACAAUCAAGCCAAAGUAUUUACAUCAGUAAAUAAAAUGCUUUAAGAAGUCCUUCUGUUUUGUUUUUAAGCCUUGAGAAUUAUUUCAACCUCAAUUAUAUGAUUUUAAUAGUUUAUGAGUCUGUCCACCAACUUUAUUCCUCUUCAUUAGUACGUCACACAACACAACUGUUUUCAAUGGAAACCAAUGACAGUAAUAAAUGAAAAUAUAUUUAAUUAUUAUAUAUGAUUUUCUAUAAAAAGUAAAACUUAUUUUAUUUUGGGGGGUCAAAUGACCUUGCUAUAUUACUUUACUGCAGUCUGAUGGUGGUUGUAGUAAAACUGGAAUAAAAAAAUAUAUACUUAUAUAGUAAAAAUUAAAGCAAUUUUUGCAAAUAGUUGAAAACAAAAAUAGAUCAAAUAUAAUGGCUGAAUUAAGAGAGAUCUAAAGAUGCACCACUGAAUGAGGGUGCACAGCAGUAAGAUUACAUCACACUUAAGAAUACAAAUAAAAAUUAAAAAAAAUUGCAACAGCAAAGCAAGGAAGACCAAGGAUCUA